AUGGCUUCUAGAUUAGGUUGGUUGACUCAAUUGGAAACUACUCCAGGUGCUCAACUUAGAAGAACUUCCAUCAUUGGUACUAUUGGUCCAAAGACCAACAACCCAGAAACUUUGGUUGCUUUGAGAAAAGCUGGUUUGAACAUUGUUCGUAUGAACUUCUCUCACGGUUCUUACGAAUACCACCAAUCUGUUGUUGACAACGCUAGAAAAUCUGAAGAACUAUACCCAGGUAGACCAUUGGCUAUUGCUUUGGAUACCAAGGGUCCAGAAAUCAGAACCGGUACCACUACCAACGAGGUCGACUACCCAAUCCCACCAAACCAUGAAAUGAUCUUCUCUACUGAUGACAAAUACGCCAAGGCUUGUGAUGACAAAGUCAUGUUCGUUGACUACAAAAACAUCACCAAGGUUAUCAGCAAGGGUAAAAUCAUCUACGUUGAUGACGGUGUUUUGUCUUUCGAAGUCUUGGAAGUCAUUGAUGACAAGAACUUGAAGGUCAAGGCCAUGAACGCUGGUAAGAUCUGUUCUCACAAGGGUGUUAACUUACCAGGUACCGAUGUCGAUUUACCAGCUUUAUCCGAAAAGGACAAAGCUGAUUUGAGAUUCGGUGUCAAGAACGGUGUCCACAUGGUCUUCGCUUCUUUCAUCAGAACUGCUCAAGAUGUUUUGACUAUCAGAGAAGUCUUGGGUAAAGAUGGUGCUGAUAUCAAGAUUGUUGUCAAGAUCGAAAACCAACAAGGUGUUAACAACUUCGACGAAAUCUUGAAGGUUACUGAUGCCGUUAUGGUUGCCAGAGGUGAUUUAGGUAUCGAAAUCCCAGCUCCAGAAGUUUUGGCUGUUCAGAAGAAAUUGAUUGCCAAGAGUAACUUAGCUGGUAAGCCAGUUAUUUGUGCCACCCAAAUGUUGGAAUCUAUGACUUACAACCCAAGACCAACCAGAGCCGAAGUUUCUGAUGUCGGUAACGCUAUCUUGGAUGGUGCUGACUGUGUUAUGUUGUCCGGUGAAACCGCAAAGGGUAACUACCCAAUUAACGCUGUUACCACUAUGGCUGACACUGCUUUGAUUGCUGAACAAGCCAUCGCAUACCUACCAAACUACGAUGACUUGAGAAACUCUACUCCAAAGCCAACUUCUACCAGCGAAACCAUUGCUGCUGCUUCCGUUGCUGCUGUCUUUGAACAAAAUGCCAAGGCUAUCAUUGUCUUGUCUACUUCUGGUAACACCCCAAGAUUAGUCUCUAAGUACAGACCAAACUGUCCAAUUAUCUUGGUUACCAGAAACCCAAGAGCUGCUAGAUUCUCUCACUUGUACAGAGGUGUUUUCCCAUUCGUCUACGAACAAGAUGUUAAAUCUGACUGGUCCGAUGACGUCGAAGCUCGUUUGAACUUCGGUAUUUCCAAGGCUAAGGAAUUCGGUUUCUUGAAGGAUGGUGAAACUAUUGUUACCAUUCAAGGUUUGAAACCAGGUGUUGGUCACUCCAACACUCUACGUGUUACCAUUGUUUAA